AUGGCUUCUUUAAAAGAUGUUGUAUUUAAACUACGAGAUGUCGAAGCUGACAUGACAACUGCGUGGAAUGAAGCUUUUCAUUCAAUUCGAACUGAUUGCAACAUUGAGGUAAGCAUUAGAAUUAUCUUGCAUAAAUUACAACGUUGAUUGCUCUGUUUUCAUGGAAUAUUCCGUCUACAGAAUAUAGUUCUUUCAUACGAUGUAAACAAGGAGCAUCCUAAAAUGUAUACUGGUGCGAUCUCUACAUACCUUGGUUGUUAUUUGAACCCGAAUCCUUGCCUUGGCUAUUAAAAUGCGAUGGACAGGCUAUUUAAUUACUCGCAAGUCAAUCGCUUCGAACUGUCAUAAUUUUACAGUUUCCAAAAUAAUUCUUACAAAUUUGAUUGUAAAGUUUAAGAUGUUUCUUAAAAACAUAAUGGGCGUAUUUUGAAAGAAAAUUUAUUUCCACGGCAUCGGUGUAAUUUCUCUUUAUCCUAAUCGAUAAUUGAAGCAAACUUUUAAGUCUUUUAACUGAAGCUCCAGUGAGUUGUAUAUGCAUAUAUCUCUGUAUAUUGGCCCAUAUGUACCGCAAUCUCCGUAUGGACCAGACAAAAUAACUUUGAUCUAUAGACUAUUGCACCGUAUUGGCUCAAGGUGUAGAAACUAACGGGCCAUUGACCAUCAUUUUUAUUUUAAGAAGAUGUUUCCUUUGCAUGUACCGCUAUCUCAGAUUGUGGUCGUUAGUUAUCGGCUAUGCAAGAAAAAUAAUGCGAUUUUGAUAAAUCAUGAACCGUGACGUAUUGUCAUAUAUCAAAGUGAUCCCGUCUCUGCUUCGAGACAAAUGGAGGCCAUGCAAACAGGCCUUAAUAUUGCCAUUGUUGCACUGAUUCUGCACUCUUCCACAAGCUUUGAUGAAAUCACUGUGGAGAAGUUUUGUAAUGAGUAAGUUGCACACUUAAAAUUUAUAAUUUUUGACUAGGGUUUCUUAGCCUGCAUGUAGAGUACGUGAAAUGCAAAAUAAGAUCUGCGUUAAAAUGGGUUAAUCUUUAAUUUCUGUUUUUCAGAUUUCUUGUGGAGAUAUUUUCAACGACGCACCAGCUGCUGACGCCAUAGUUUCGCCGACAAACAGUUUUGGUUUCAUGGACGGGGGGAUAGAUUUGGUAAGGAUAUGCCUAAUAGCUUGGCCAUUGCCAUUCAAUUCAUAUUUUCAGGUAACUCGAUGUCUUGUUACCGCAUUUCUGAUAAUGUAUAUGUGAAUUGGGUGGUAACAGGCUUGAACAGGGCAUCGUAUUUCUUUUUAUUGCUGAGCUAAGUAAAGUGUUCAUUCAUGAAAAACCUUUGCGUGUGUUGUUUUCAGAGAUAUUCCGAACAUUUUGGUUGGCAAUUACAAGAACGUCUGCAGAAUUUUCUGAGAAAGGAAUAUUUUGGAGAACUACCAGUGGGUGAAGCAGUUAUAAUUGAGACAUUUGAAGAUGAUGUUCCAGAGAUUGAACGUGAUUGGAUGAAGAACCGUGACACAAAUGAAGGGCAACCAAUACAUUUUCUCAUCAGCGCACCAACUAACAGAGUGCCUAGUGAUGUACACGAUACUGUGAAUGCUUACCUUGCUUUUAGAGCUGUCUUACUUGCAGGUGUGAAUGUUCACUUGUUUCCUUAAGCCCUGGACAAACUAGGAAACAUUGUUGUGGAAACAUUUGUGAUUCUCGAUAUUUCCUCAAAUGUUUCCCUGUUUGCCCACCCGUGGAAACAUUGUUGCGGAAACAAAAUUUGCUUCCCGAGAAGCAAAAAUGUUUCCUACCAACUUCAGAAACAUUUUAUGUUUCCCUAUGUUUCUCACUAAUGUUUCCUAGUGUUUGCCCACUCUGGGAAACGUGGCGAAACAUUGGCAGGAAACAAUGUUUCCUAGUUUACCCAGGGCUUUAUUAUCUCUGUACGAUCGCAGAUCGUAAACCUCUAAUCAGGGCGAAAUGUUAAACAGCUGCAGGAAAUUCGUUUGAAUGAAGAUUUGCUAUUGAAAAUUGGAAAGAAACCUUAACACCCAUGUCCCACUAUGGGCGCAACAACAUAUGAUUGACAGACAUUAUUCCUUGAAUUUAAAACCAUGGUCAGCUAGAACACUAUGUUUAUGCACAUGCAGAUUUAACACAUAAAUACUCCGUUAGUCUGCAGGGAAUUUGUCUCCAGGUUGUGCUCCCAGGAAUAAAAUUUUUCCCCUGCCUUACCUCUAGUUUUAACGCCCCCCACCCCACCUGAAUUUUACUGGGUUUCACUAAGUAUUAUCGUAUAACAGAAGGUUGUUCAGAAGUUAGGCCAAUGAAAACUGAUAUCAUGUUUCUCGUCCCCGCCCGCAUGGGAUUUAUCUGCCGCACGAAAAUUUUUCAUUAUUCAUUAUUUUUGAAAAAUAGGCUUAAAAAACACCAAAUUCAUCUCCAGAUCAAAGUCUUAUUGCUGCAUUCCGCAAGCGCAACUCAAAUUGUAUCUUUCUAAAGAUAUCACUCGGCACAAUGCCUCUAUUUUUCAUGUCAGCCAUGGUAUUUAUAAAUUAAAAUGAAUUAUACACCGAUUUACUUCAGAUUUUUAUCAUAUGGAGUUUUUACUGGGUCAAGGGAAUUAUUGACAAGCAGAAUUCAAACACAAAAAAAUAAUGAAAAAUGAAAAGAUCCCGCUCUAAAUUUGUGAAAAUUGUGGACGAGAAACAUGAUAUCAAUUUUCAUUGGCCUUAUUGGAGUGAGAAAGUAGUAAAUUAUUAUUGACUAUUGUAUGAGUUUGAAUUAUUCAGAGUCAAUUCACAGUUAAAUAAAAACCUUGGCCUUUAACAUAAAUAUAUAAUUUUAAUUCCUUCAUUAUGUGUUAUAGGUCUUAUAGUCUUGUUAAUUGGUCUAGUUAUAAGGCCGAUUUACUAGACAACUUUUGCGUAAAACUGUCGCAUGCAACCUGCUUACAACUUGAGUUGUACUGUGUAAAUCAAGCAUACAACUAAUCAACGUUGUCGUAGAUGAGUUGUGUGCUUGAUUUAUACAGUACAACUCAAGUUGUAAGCAGGUUGGUUGCGACAGUUUUAGGCAAAAGUUGUAUAGUGUAAAUCGGCCCAUAUGUUGUAUUCUUAAAUUUUUUCGUUAUUUUCUUCAGUGCACCGCCAUAACAGAAAUAGGAAUAAACGCAAGAUCAAGAGUGUGCUCUGUCCUGGCUUGGGCACUUCGGGAGGUCAAAUGCUUUUUGAAAAAUGUGCAAGGCAGAUGAAGAUUGCUUAUGAAGUUUGUGUUCUCGGGGAUUGUAAAGCAAUUUUAAAUCCCGACUCUCUACUGGAAGUUCAUAAACAUCAUUUGUACAUGGGAGGAAUGGAUAGAUUUGUUCAUUGUAGUGACGCUUCUGCAAAAUAG